AAAGCGGAAGUGCUGAGGCCAGAGGCGGGACGAGAGCCCGGAGGGGGCUCAGAAUUGCGGAAGUUUUCUGAGAAGGGUCGGCGGCGCUCGGAGCGGCUUGCGGCUUUGGAACCAGUUCGCGAAGGGGAGGCGUCGCUCCGGGUCCGAGGGCUGCCAGCCUGCGCACGUUUGAGGCAACACCGGGCGCGGUUCGACGUUGCCGCUGUUGGCUUCCUCUGCCCUAGUUCUUCCCCAGGGAGCCGCCUCGGAUCUCCGCCAUGGCAUCCACCUCGUCCAAUCUCCAGAAAGCAAUAGAUCUUGCUAGCAAAGCAGCCCAGGAAGACAAAGCUGGGAACUAUGAGGAAGCUCUUCAACUCUACCAACACGCUGUUCAGUAUUUUCUCCAUGUAGUUAAAUAUGAAGCCCAGGGUGAUAAAGCCAAGCAGAGUAUCAGGGCAAAGUGUACAGAGUAUCUUGAUAGAGCAGAAAAACUAAAGGAGUACCUGAAAAAGAAAGAGAAAACUCCACAGAAGCCAGUGAAAGAGGGACAGCCGAAUCCAGCGGAGGAGAAAGGGAAUGACAGUGAUGGGGAAGGAGAAUCUGAUGAUCCUGAAAAAAAGAAACUACAGAAUCAACUUCAAGGUGCCAUUGUUAUAGAGCGACCAAACGUGAAAUGGAGCGAUGUUGCUGGUCUUGAAGGAGCCAAAGAGGCACUGAAAGAGGCUGUGAUAUUGCCUAUUAAAUUUCCUCAUCUUUUUACAGGCAAGAGAACACCGUGGAGGGGAAUUCUGUUAUUUGGCCCACCGGGAACAGGAAAGUCCUAUUUAGCCAAAGCUGUGGCAACAGAAGCAAACAACUCAACGUUUUUUUCAAUAUCUUCCUCUGACCUUGUCUCUAAGUGGCUAGGAGAGAGUGAAAAGCUAGUUAAGAACUUAUUUCAGCUUGCCAGAGAGAGUAAACCUUCCAUCAUCUUCAUCGAUGAAAUUGAUUCUCUGUGUGGCUCAAGAAGCGAAAACGAAAGUGAAGCUGCCCGUAGAAUUAAGACGGAGUUCUUAGUUCAAAUGCAAGGCGUUGGUGUAGACAAUGAUGGAAUUUUGGUUCUGGGAGCUACAAAUAUCCCCUGGGUUCUGGAUUCUGCCAUUAGAAGAAGAUUCGAGAAACGAAUUUAUAUUCCGUUGCCUGAGGCCCAUGCCCGAGCAGCAAUGUUUAAAUUGCACUUGGGGACCACUCAGAACAGUCUAACGGAAACAGACUUCCGAGAACUUGGGAAGAAAACCGAUGGUUAUUCGGGAGCAGACAUAAGUAUCAUUGUGCGUGAUGCGCUCAUGCAGCCUGUUAGAAAAGUACAGUCAGCUACUCAUUUUAAAAAGGUUCGCGGACCUUCACGAGCUGAUCCUAACAAAAUAGUAGAUGAUCUGCUAACACCGUGUUCUCCAGGUGACCCUGGUGCCAUUGAAAUGACAUGGAUGGACGUCCCUGGGGAUAAACUUCUGGAGCCAGUUGUUUGCAUGUCGGAUAUGUUACGGUCACUGUCUAACACAAAGCCCACAGUCAAUGAACAUGACUUGUUGAAAUUGAAGAAGUUUACAGAAGAUUUUGGCCAAGAAGGCUAAACCAAAGAUAACAAGGAGGACGUUUACCAUGUGUGUUCUUUCCUUCGUAGGUACUUUUGCCUUUCUUAAUGGCAUUCAGAUUGUUUCCAGUAAAACUCUUUUACCACAGGAAAAUACAGAUCUCACUCCAGAGUCCCUUUAAUUUUAUAUGUACCUUUGCUCCAUUACCAGUUAAAUGCUCCUGUUAACAAAAAUGAUAAAAUAAUGGAUUAUAAGGAGAUCGGUGAUAUAUGAAUGGCAAAAAAUAGGAAUUGCCCAGUUAAGAAGAGGAUUAAAAUUGAUUGAGAUACCAAUAUUUAGGAUGGGUGGUCUUUACAAAGAGCAUGUAUUCUCUCUCUCUCUCUCUCUCUCUCUCUCUCUCUCUCUCUCUCUCUCUCUUUUUUUUUUUUUUUACCAGAAUGUAAUAGGCUUAUUUUAUAUUUUGAAAAAAAAAUUCUUAAGCAUCAUUUGCUUCAAUGUAAAAUUUAUUUACUUUAUUAAAUGAUAGAAUCUUUAUUCUCAGGGAUGGGCAAUACUAGCAAAGAGCACUGUGAUUGGGCUUGAAAGAUUUUGAAUUGUGUUCUAGCCGGGUCUCAUUAAGUUUUGAUAGGCUGAUAUUUUUCUUUGUGUAGAUUUCAGUAAUUUCUUUAAAAACAAUGGGCUUCUAUAUUUAAUUAAAUAAUACCUUUCACUGUGCAGUCUCAAAAGAAAGACUUUCUAAAUUAGGCAUUGUCUUUAUCUUGAAGAAGAAAAUUGUCUAUUUCAGUGUCUUUUUGUAGCAAGAUUGACCAAAACAGAUGGCAAAUAAAUACAUACUUUUUAAAUAACUCUGUCAUGAAAUGCUAUAAUGGGAACCUUUGCUAAAAGGAAUGGCCUCCCUUUGAAUUGUGGCAAGUUUCUUGUGGGGGUGUGUGUGUGUACAUAUAUAUAUAAUUUUUUUUUUUUAAUAUAGGCUACCAAGGGUUUUAUCUUUUACCUUUUAAGUUCAGGGAAUAGUUUGUCUUGGCCACACAUAUGUUAUCAGUAUAAUGCUUGUGAAGCUUUAGAAAUGAACUAAUGUCUCAUUAAAUAAUAAAAUAUAAACAUGAUACGUUAUUUUAAUAUCUUCAAAUAAAUAAUCUGAGGGUGUAUGUUAGACACUUUAGCAUCAACACUAAGUUGUGCCUUGUGCAUUUGCAUUGACUAUAUAUGCAAAAGGAUUAUUACAUUAGCUGGAAUGAGAUAGGUUCCUUAAUUACUGUAAAGUUCUACCUUGCAAAUGCUAUAGAGUAACUCGCAUUUUAAAGUAUAUUUGCACAUUUUACAUAUAAUGCUUUCUGGUUGCCUUUGGGUUUUCUGUACAGAUUGUUUUUGUUGAUACUAAAUGGAAAUCAUAGGCCUGAAAUAAGCUGUUCUUAUGUGAAGUAAAUUGACAUAACCUACUAUUGGCUA